AUGCCCCUUUUCAAACCGCAACAACUUCGCACCGCUCUAGCGCCCAUAGCCCCCCGAGCAGCCUUCCAGCCCUCAACAUCCUCCAUCCGCGCAUCCUCCUCAACCACAACGCGGCCCGCCGGAGAAAUCCCCUCACCCACGCCCUUCGUCCCCGACGUGCAGACCUUACUGACAGUAAUCGGCCGGGGCCUAAGCCAACACGCCUCCAAGUUCCCCACUUGGGAGGCCCUGUUCUCACUAACAUCGGACCAGCUCCGCGAGCUCGGCGUCGAGCCCCCGCGCACACGACGGUACCUCUUACAAUGGCGGCAACGGUUCCGCCUGGGGCAAUACGGGAUCGGAGGGGACCUGCAGCACGUGGAGGACGGCAAGGCGGACCUGCGGAUCCUGGAGUCGGAUCGGGAUGCGGUCAACCCGCACAAGUACGUGGUGAACGUGCCGGCGGGGCGCUCCGUCAAGGACUGUGGCUUGGACGAGAUAUCCCGCGUGCGCGGGUACAAAGUCACGGGCGCUAAGACUAUUGUGGGCCCCUACGCGCUGCCGCUUAAGGGCGGCGAGGGCGUCCGGGUGUCUGUUACGGAGGGCAUGUGGGAGGACCGACGGGGCCACAAGAUCGACGGUGGUGAGAGGAGAAGGACCGAAGUCCGGUAUAAGAAGCGUAUCGCCGAGAGGCGCGAGAUGAGAGAACGGGGCGAGUUGUAG